GGCGCAUGCGCGGAAGACGAGCAUGGCUGCCAUCAGGACUUUUGUCAAAAAUUGCCAAAUUAUUAACAGAAAUUGUGCCGUUUUGAGCCCCCUUGUACAAAAACAUGGCAUGUCUCAGUACCCUAGUUACUACAUCGAACCGGUCCAUAAAAAAGAAAUGCAAGAAGAUUUAAUAAAGUCGGGUGAAAUACAAAAACUAGCACACUUACCGACGAAGGCGGCCCGUAACGACCAAAGUUCUUCAUUCCGACAAGAUGAUUUAGUCAACCUUUUCAUCAAUUAUGUCAUGCGAAAUGGCGAAAAAGUUCUAGCUCGGGGAUUAGUCGAAAAAGCAUUUGAAAAUAUCAAACGAAUCCAGUUAGAAAAGUACCACAAAUGUGACGAUGAGGAAAAAAAAGCAAAAAUCGAAUUAGCUCCACGCGUUAUUUUUCAUCAAGCUGUUGAAAAUUGUAAACCCAUUCUAGCUUUAACACCCAUUAAGAGAGGAGGUGUCCGUUAUCAAGUGCCUGUACCCAUCACACCAAAGAGAAGUCAGUUCUUAUCAAUGAAGUGGUUAAUUGAAGCUGCUAAAGAAAAAGACGCGACUAUGCGAUUUCACUAUCAAUUAGCAUUGGAGUUAAUUGAUGCAGCCAAUAAUAAAGGACGUGUAGUGAAGCGAAAACAGGAUUUACAUAAACAGUGUGAGGCAAACCGAGCGUAUGCCCAUUAUAGGUGGAGUUAAGUAGGUUGAAAUAAAGAAUUUUUAAUAGGUUAACAAA